CAAAAUGGAAAAAUCGAACAGAAAUUUAGUGAAGAAAGCCAGAAAAGAUAUCAGAAUUGGAAAGAAGAUAAAGUCAACCAAAAAUGUGAUGGAACCAAAAAGUAAUAAAGAAGUCAGGUUUGAUUUCUCCCAAAAUGAAAUUUGACACAUCAAUGAUAUUCCUAAAAGAACGACGAGCUCGGUUUGUAAUUCACCAAUGGGAAAGAGUUGUCUGAAGAAUCCUAUGGUCAGUCCAAUGAAACCAAGUCCUGUUAGUUUACAAAAAUCACGCAUAAGAAAUAUUACUGGAAAAGUCUGCAUACCAAAGAUUGGAAAGAAACUUAAUGAUGCAGUGAAGAAGAGCACUCAAGCCAGUGAUUCUCAUUAUUCUUUCAGCAAAUCGAUUGAUGAUACUAAAAGUGUCUCUGAAUCAUCGGUUUCGCAGGAUUCCUCAAAGAAAAAGAGGUGCAGUUCUUUAGGAGUCAGACAGAAAAGAUUUAAGCGCAGUAAAAAGACCUCAGAUAUCCUGGACUAUAUUUAUAAGAAGGACUAUACGAGCCCUAAAGACAUAAAGAAUAAACAGGAUUUAUAUGAUCGGAAAUUCGAGGCUAUCAUGAACUCUCCUAAAGAGAGUGAUUGCUCAGGCAGCUUCGAAAUCAAUCACAUUCCUAGCAGAAGUGAUCUGAACAACCAUAAGUUCAGGAAGGGAGAGAAUCUUGGAAUGAUGCUAAAGAAAUCCAUGAAACCUAAGCGCACUAAGAAAAGAGGAAAGCCAAGGAGGGUCUUUUCAAACUCAGAAGCCCUUCUAUUUCUCUAAAAUUAAAACCAUUCGUUAAAUUGAACGGUGAAGCACAAAUCUCUAUCUAAAUCUUCUAUAACAUAUUCUCGAAGUUACU